AUGUUAAAUUUGUCAAAUGAUUUGUUUGAUAAUGAUUGGAGCCUAAAACAAACUCCUAAAAUUCAUAGAGCUAAGUCCUGCCAAAAGAAACCAACUAAAGUUCUUAAAUCAGAUUCUUUCCUAAAGCUCUCCAGUAAUGAUAAUGAAAAAAAAGAUCUAAAACAAGAGCAAGAUGUUAAAUUGGAUGCUAAAAAUGUGUUAAAAAAGUUGACCAAUGAUUACCUUGAAGGCCUGAAGUUUGAGUUACCUGAACCCAAGUUUGCAUCAAAUGGACAAAAUAACCUUGGAUAUCAUCUUGGAAUUGAAGUUGACAAGGUGGAACAAGAACCUAAUGAACAAGUAAAAGACAAAGAUGAGUUAGAAGACUUAAUCGAUAAGGACAGCAAUGAUGACAAUGAUGAUAAUAUGAUAUGGGAUGAAGAUGACGAUAGAAAUGAGAUUGAAGAAGAUAAAAACAAACAAAUUGGAGUUAAAAAAGGUGAACAAAAUGGAGACAAAAAAGAUGAAUGUAAUAAAAUUAGAAAGGAUGAAUGUAUUGGAGUCAAAAAGGACAAACGAAUCAGAAUUGAUAAAGAUAAUCGAAAAGUGAUCGAGUACUUUCAAAAAGCCACCAAUAUGGGAAGAUUACCACCAUCUGGACAUAGUCUUGACUCUUGUUAUCAAACCAGAAAAUGGAAGAAGAUUGAAAAACUAAAAUCAUUGAAUUUCAGAAGUCUUGAAGAUGCCUGUGAUGAUUGGAAUAGAAGGGUAAAAAAACUUAAAGUGUUAAUAAAAGAAACAAGAAAAUUGAAAAAGUUUGAUGAAACUCACCUGAAACCAUGUGAUCAACAACAUGAUAAUACAAAAAGGAAAGCCAUCGUAAAGAUUUCGAAAUUGGCCCUUGAAGAAAUGAUUACCAUAUUGAAAAAUGGACCUAAAACAAAAGAAAGAAUAAUGGCAUUAGAGGUGGAACGAAGAAUCAUAAAUGACAAAGGAAUGCCCUAG